ACUUGCCCAUACAGUCUGGUGAAGGCUACCUGGGGGGGCUUUGUCUGUGUGGUCUGCAGGUGAUGCGAGUCGGCAAGCACGUGAAGGGAUAUCACAUCCUGGCCAACCUGGGCUUCAGGGACGUGCCUCUGGAGCGUUUUGCCCACGGCGGCGCCAACUUCUCGGGCUUCCAGACGCUGGACGAGGAGGGGGCAGUGGGCAGCGCGUUCCUGGAGCGCUGGGGCAAGCUGGACCCUCGCGAGUACCCUGGGCUGACGGGCCUUCACUCAAGCACUCAAGGUGAGUCACAAACAACUUACAACCACUACAACAACCACUACCACCACCAGGGCAAGCUGGACCCUCGCGAGUACCCUGGGGCUGACGGGCCUUCCACUCAAGGUGAGUCACAACAACAUACUACAAACUACUACUACAACUACAACAACCACCACCAGGGCAAGCUGGACCCUCGCGAGUACCCCGGGGCUGACGGUCCAUCACUCAAGGUGAGUCACAACAACUACAACCACUACAACAACCUACCUACCACCAACCAGGGCAAGCUGGACCCUCGCGAGUACCUGGGGGCUGACGGGCCUUCACUCAAGGGCAAGCUGGACCCUCGCGAGUACCCCGGGGCUGACAGGCCUUCACUCAAGGUGGGUCACAACAACCACAACAACAACUACAACUACCACCACUACCAGGGCAAGCUGGACCCUCGGGAGUACCCCGGGGCUGACGGGCCUUCACUCAAGGUGGGUCACAACAACCACAACAACAACUACAACUACCACCACUACCAGGGCAAGCUGGACCCUCGGGAGUACCCCGGGGCUGACGGGCCUUCACUCAAGGUGAGUCACAACCACCACAACUACUACCACCACCACCAGGGCAAGCUGGACCCUCGCGAGUACCCCGGGGCUGACGGGCCUUCACUCAAGGGCAAGCUGGACCCUCGCGAGUACCCCGGGGCUGACGGGCCUUCACUCAAGGUGGGUCACAACAACUACAACAACAACUACAACAACCACCACCAGGGCAAGCUGGACCCUCGCGAGUACCCCGGGGCUGACGGGCCUUCACUCAAGGGCAAGCUGGACCCUCGCGAGUACCCCGGGGCUGACGGGCCUUCACUCAAGGUGAGUCACAACCACCACAACAACAACUACAACAACCACCACCAGGGCAAGCUGGACCCUCGCGAGUACCCCGGGGCUGACGGGCCUUCACUCAAGGUGGGUCACAACAACAACAACUACAACCACCACUACCACCACCAGAGCAAGCUGGACCCUCGCGAGUACCCUGGGGCUGACGGGCCUUCAUUGAAGGGCAAGCUGGACCCUCGCGAGUACCCCGGGGCUGACGGGCCUUCACUCAAGGUGGGUCACAACAACAACAACAACAACUACAACAACCACCACCAGGGCAAGCUGGACCCUCGGGAGUACCCUGGGGCUGACGGGCCUUCACUCAAGGGCAAGCUGGACCCUCGCGAGUACCCCGGGUCAGACGGCCCUUCACUCAAGGUGGGUCACAACAACAACCACAACUACAACAACCACCACCAGGGCAAGCUGGACCCUCGCGAGUACCCCGGGGCUGACGGGCCUUCACUCAAGGGCAAGCUGGACCCUCGCGAGUACCCCGGGGCUGACGGCCCUUCACUCAAGGUGAGUCACAACAACCACAACAACAACUACAACAACCACCACCAGAGCAAGCUGGACCCUCGCGAGUACCCCGGGGCUGACGGGCCUUCAUUGAAGUAUAACUACUACAACUACAACAACAACAACUACAACAACAACAACCACUACCACCACUACCACCACCAGGGCACGCUGGACCCUCGCGAGUACCCCGGGGCUGACGGGCCUUCACUGAAGGUGGGUCACAACAACUACAACAACUACAACCACAACUACAACCACUACAACUACAACAACUACAACAACUACAACAACAACCACAACAACUACAACAAUUACAACAACAACUACAACCACCACUACCACCACCAGAGCAAGCUGGACCCUCGCGAGUACCCCGGGGCUGACGGGCCUUCAUUGAAGUUCACGUCUGCCCUGACCUACGACGCGGUGCUGGUGAUGGCUGAGGCAUUUCGCCUCCUAUACCGCCAGCGCAUCGACCCCUCCCGCAAGGGCAGCACGGCGGAGUGCCUGGCCAACCCGGCCGUGCCCUGGUCUCAGGGCGUGGACAUCAACCGGGCACUCAAGCAGGUUCAGAUCCAGGGUCUGACUGGGAACAUUCAGUUUGACGACGGAGGGAGGAGGAUCAACUACUCCAUCGCGCUGAUGGAGCUCAGACCCAUUGGUCCGAAAAAGGUGGCAGUCUGGAGUGAACAGUCCCAGUUCCAGUUCAUCAGAGAGGCUGGCGCCGCUGGGGACAACUCCUCCCUGCUCGAGAACCGCACCAUCAUCAUCACCUCCAUCAUGGAGGCACCCUACGUGAUGUACCGCAAGAACCACGACACCUACCGGGGCAACGAGAGGUAUGAGGGCUACUGCGUGGACCUGGCCAUGGAGAUCGCUCGGCACCUCAACAUCAAGUACCACCUGGCCAUCGUGCCCGACGGCAAGUACGGAGCGCGUGACCAGGACAGCAACAUCUGGAACGGCAUGGUGGGCGAGCUGGUCUACGGGAGGGCGGAUAUUGCUGUGGCCCCGCUGACAAUCACGUUGGUGCGCGAGGAGGUCAUCGACUUCUCGAAGCCGUUCAUGAGCCUCGGCAUCUCCAUCAUGAUCAAGAAGCCGCAGAAGUCCAAGCCGGGCGUCUUCUCAUUCCUCGACCCGCUCGCCUACGAGAUAUGGAUGUGCAUCGUGUUCGCCUACAUCGGAGUCAGCGUGGUCCUCUUCCUGGUCAGCCGGUUCAGCCCCUACGAUUGGCAGAAGGCGGCAGAGGAGGGCGCCAAUGCGGCCGAGGCCAACCGCAUCAUGAGUGGUGGUGGCGGUGGUGGGGGCUCUGGUGGUGGUGGUGGUGGUGGGGUCCCAGGGGGUGCAGGAGGGGGACCCCCCCAGGGACCCCCCGUCCAAGUGUCCCCACCCUCUGGAGUGGCCCCCUCCUCAGAAACCCCCAAUGAGUUUAGCAUCUUCAACAGCCUCUGGUUCUCUUUGGGCGCCUUCAUGCAGCAGGGGUGCGAUAUAUCCCCCAGGUCCCUGCCGGGCCGCAUCGUGGGUGGCGUGUGGUGGUUCUUCACCCUCAUCAUCAUCUCGUCGUACACGGCCAACCUGGCCGCCUUCCUCACCGUCGAGCGCAUGGUGUCACCCAUCGAGAGCGCCGAGGACCUCGCCAAGCAGAUGGAGAUCGCCUACGGCACGCUCGACUCGGGCUCCACCAAGGAGUUCUUCAGGCGCUCCAAGCUGGCGGUCUUCGAGAAGAUGUGGUCGUACAUGAAGUCAGCGGAGCCCACGGUGUUCGUGAGGACGACGCCCGAGGGGGUGGCACGCGUGCGCAAGUCCAAGGGCAAGUACGCCUACCUGCUCGAGUCCACCAUGAACGAGUACAUCGAGCAGCGCAAACCCUGCGACACCAUGAAGGUCGGCGGGAACCUCGACUCCAAGGGCUACGGCAUCGCCACGCCCAAGGGCUCCGACCUCGGAAACGCGGUGAACUUGGCCGUGUUGAAGCUCAACGAGCAGGGCCUCCUGGACAAGCUGAAGAAUAAAUGGUGGUACGACAAGGGGGAGUGUGGGAGUGGUGGUGGUGACUCCAAGGACAAGACGAGUGCUCUGAGUCUGAGUAACGUGGCGGGAGUGUUCUACAUCCUGGUGGGAGGUCUGGGACUCGCCAUGCUUGUGGCGCUCGUCGAAUUCUGCUACAAGUCCCGGGCGGAGGCCAAGCGCAUGGGGAACACAUACCUGCUGUACGCCGACCCGCUGGGCACCAAGCCGCCGCCGCCCCCCCCGGCGUGCCUCCCCGUGGGUGAGAACGGUCGCCCCCCACGCCCCGACUUCUCCACGUCCGGGCUGGGGGGCCAGGGCCCUCACGCCGCCAUGCACGGCAUGGGGCCCCCCACGGGCAUGGCCAUCAAACAGAACCUCCCCUAGGGGCCCCCCACCACCACCGCCGCCCCGAACCCUGCAUUGUCACCUGGCCAGCUGUGGGGGCCCUGGAAGCUGAAUGCGAUAACCACGUGGGGUGCCCUGGAAGCUGAAUGCCAUAACCACGUGGGGUGCCCUAGAAGCUGAAUACGAUCACCACGAGGGGUACCCUGGAAGCUGAAUACCAUCACGACCUGGGGGCCCUGGAAGCUGAAAACCAUCACUAGGGGCCCUGGAAGCUGAAUACCAUCACCACGUGGGGGGCCGGGAACCUGAAUACCAUCACCACGUGGGGUGCCCUGGAAGCUGAAUACCAUCAUCACGUGGGGGCCCUGGAAGCUGAAUACCAUCACCACGUGGGGUGCCCUGGAAGCUGAAUACCAUCACCACGUGGGGUGCCCUGGAAGCUGAAUACCAUCACGACCUGGGGGCCCUGGAAGCUGAAUACCAUCACUACCUGGGGGGCCCCUGGAAGCUGAAUACCAUCACCACGCGCGGGGCCCUGGAAGCUGAAUACAUCACUACUUGGGGGCCCUGGAAGCUGAAUACCAUCACCACGUGGGGUGCCCUGGAAGCUGAAUACCAUCAUCACCUGGGGGGGGGGGGGGUGGACCCUGGAAGCUGAAUACCAUCACCACGUGGGGGCCCUGGAAGCUGAAUACCAUCACGACCUUGGGGCCAUGGAAGCUGAAUACCAUCACCACGUGGGGGCCCUGGAAGCUGAAUACCAUCACCACGUGUGGGGCCCUGGAAGCUGAAUACCAUCAGUACCUGGGGCCCCUGGAAGCUGAAUACCAUCACGACCUGGGGGCCCUGGAAGCUGAAUACCAUCACCACGUGGGGGCCCUGGAAGCUGAAUACCACCACUACCUGGGGGCCCUGGAAGCUGAAUACCAUCACCACGUGGGGCGCCCUGGAAGCUGAAUACCAUCACCACCUGGGGGCCCUGGAAGCGGAAUACCAUCACCACGUGGGGGCCCUGGAAGCUGAAUACCAUCACCACGUGUGGGGAGCCCUGGAAGCUGAAUACCAUCACCACCUGGGGGCCAGGAAGCUGAAUACCAUGACCACGUGGGGGCCCUGGAAGCUGAAUA